AUGAGUAACUUCAGUAUCGUCAGGGAAUUUGUGCUGCUGGGAUUUUCACAUCUCCAUGAGUUCCAGAUCCUCCUCUUUGCAUUCAUCCUAUUGAUAUAUGUGCUGACUGUGCUGGGGAACCUGGCCAUUAUCACCCUCACAUGCCUUGACACCCGCCUCCACUCACCCAUGUACUUCUUCCUCUGCAACUUCUCCCUCAUGGAGAUGCUGGUCACCUCCACUGUGGUUCCUAGGAUGCUGGCAGACCUACUAUCUACUCAUAAGGCCAAGUGCCUGACCCAGUCUUUCUUUUACUUCUCUUUGGGUUCCACCAACUUCUUGAUUCUCACAGUCAUGGCCUUCGAUCGCUACGUGGCUAUCUGCCGCCCUCUGCACUACCCAACCAUCAUGAAUGGUCCAGUGUGUGUGAAGCUGGUGGCAGUCUGCUGGGUGGUUGGCUUCGUCUCCAUCAUCUCCCCCACCCUGCAGAAAACACAACUCUGGUUCUGCGGCCCUAAUAUCAUCGACCAUUACUUUUGUGACUCUGCCCCACUUCUCAAGCUUUCCUGCUCUGAUACCCACCACAUUGAGCGCAUGGAUUUCUUCUUAUCUUUUCUCUUUGUGCUGGCCACCAUGAUGCUGAUCAUAGUGUCCUAUUUCCUCAUUGUGGCUGCAGUGCUGCGAAUUCCCUCCUUCUCUGGGCGCCAGAAGGCCUUCUCCACCUGUGCCUCCCACCUCACUGUGGUGGUUCUGGGCUAUGGCAGCACCAUCUUCAUCUAUGUGAGGCCAGGCAAGGGCCACUCCACACACCUCAACAAGGUGGUGGCUCUGAUGACUGCAGUGGUGACCCCUUUCCUCAAUCCCUUCAUCUUCACCUUCCGGAAUGAGAAGUUCAAGGAGGUCAUUGAAGAUAUGACCAAAAGACUCCGCUUCAGAGAUGCAGCAGCUCACAGAUGA